AUGUCACUUUGGGCAGAUAAAUACAGACCGAAAACACUUAACAAACUUACUUUCCAUGGGGAAACUACGAACCAGUUGACAAAGCUGGCAGAUUCAGAUUCAAACUUCCCCCAUUUAUUGGUCUAUGGACCUUCUGGCUCUGGUAAAAAAACAAGAAUUAUGGCGAUGUUGCGCAAGCUCUAUGGUACCUCAUCGAUUGACAACUUGAAAGUCGAUGUAAAAACUUUUACAACUACCAGUAACAGGAAAUUGGAAUUUAAUGUCAUUUCAUCCCCUUGUCAUGUAGAAAUCACACCAAGUGAUAUGGGCAACAAUGAUAGGGUCGUGAUUCAAGAUCUAUUAAAGGAAUUAGGUCAAGUUGAAGCACUAGAUUUUUCGGGGCUAUUUAAAAUCACUAAAAAAGAUGCUAGGGGUGGUGACAAUAUCAAGGAAGAAUUGACAACACCCCAAAAAAAAUUUAAAGUUGUUAUCAUAAACGAAAGUGAAAAACUAAGUAGAGAUGCUCAAGCUGCAUUGAGAAGAACCAUGGAGAAAUUUAGCUCGACUAUUAGAUUGAUUCUAGUUUGUGACUCCACGUCCAAUAUUAUUGAUCCGAUAAAGUCACGUACUUUGGGUAUUAGAAUAGGUUUACCAAAUAAAGAUUCAAUCAGAGAUGUUUUCGAAGAAAUAUUAAUAAAUGAGGUAGAUGCUAAGCGGUGUUUUCCAGAUGAUUUGGAUGAUCGUUGUAUUGUCUACGAUCAUAUAAUUGAAGAGUCAGAAUACAACCUAAGGCUCGGUAUUAUGAUGUUAGAAGCGAUGUACAUGAACAAUGAUGUUGUGACUAUCAAUACACCAACAAUCAAACCGGAUUGGCAACUAGUUAUUGAAAGUUUAGCUAAAGGGGUUAUUAAAGAUAGGUCUGUUGCUAGAUUAACGACUUCACGGACAAUCCUGUACGAACUACUGUCACAUGCUAUCCCUGGCAAGUUACUACUUGAAAAAUUGAUGUUUAAUUUUAUCAAAUUAGUUGAUGAUUUUAGUGCGCUAAAACGUAUAAAUCAAGUCAAGUUGGAAAUUGUCGAAGCCGCAGCAUUGUUUGAUGAAAGACUAACACUAGGAAGUAAAGACAUAUUCCACUUAGAAGGUUUCUUAACUAGAGUAAUGGUCAUUUUGGAAACUGAUGUCAACACUUAUUAA